ACUCUACAGCGCCCCCUAUUUGGUUUAGGCUAAUAAAUUAGCGGUAGCUGUCUCAAAUUUUCCCCAAUGUUCAAAAUUUUUGGUAGAAACAUAGAUAUUACGAUGCCACACAUAAUACCCAUUGGCAUGUAUUAGCUCCGCCCAACAGGAAGUCGGCCAUUUUGAAAAAUGUUAAAUUUUUAAACAUUUUUCACAUACUCAUUCGAACUCCUCCUAGAGUCUUUGUCAGAUUACAACUAAAUGGUCUGUGGAUAGUCUCCAGACAUACAUGGUGCUAAAUUGCGAAGGAAUAGUCGAUAGCUGAAACGAUGACGUAAUGGCGGGCAAUUGAUUUAAUGGAGACACAACACUAAACCAAAUAGAAACAUUAGCAUGGCCAGAAUACAGCUGCUUGGAAAUUCAUGAAACUUGGCAAAAACAUAAAAGACAUCAUUACACACAUUUUCAGUGUUGAUAUGAUUGACUCCGCCCAACAGGAAGUCGGCCAUUUUGAAAAACGUGCAUUUUACACACAUUUUUUGCAUACUUUGUCGAACUCCUCCUAGGGAAUUUGUUGAAUACUCUUGAUAUUUGUCAGCAAUAAACUACUACCAUCCGUGAUGAUAAAUUGCGAAGGAAUAGUCGAUAUCUUAAACGAGGACGAAAUGGUGGACAGUUGAAUUGCUGGAGAUACCCCAUUAAAAUAGGAAGUAAAUACAUUCUGGUGUUGGUAGGUGUUUGAGGAGGUUAAACAGGUUGAAAACUCUCGAAACUUUACAGGCCUGCUUGAUUUAAGCGGUCCUUUGAUUAAAAAUUGAAAUUUCAUAUAUACAUAUUUCAUUGGCUCUAUAGCGCCACCUAGGUUUCAAUGCAUAUUUGACAUUAUGGAAAUGCUCAAAAACUCUUGAAAAUUGUCAGAUUCCAUAAGAUCUAAAAACACUUUACAAAUAUUGUGAUAAUUUUUUCAUGUGUAGCUAGCGGACUCUAUAGCGCCCCCUAAUUCAUUCGUUUAAUAAAUUAGCUGUGGAUGUGUCACAAUUUGUCUAAUCUUCUCCAAUAUUGGUAGGAGCGUAGAUACUAUGACUCUGCACAUAUUUGCAAUUUUUUACACUUUUUUUCACAAACUCAUUUAAACUGCUCCUAAAGUCUUUGUCAGAUUACCUCUAAAUUAGCUGAGAAUGAACAUCAGACACAGUUGAUGAAAAUUGCCAAAGGAAUAGUUGAUCGCUAAAACGGUGAUGUAAUGGCGAGCAAUUGAUUGAAUAGAGACGCAACACUAAACCAAAGUGAAACCAUGACACGGUCAGAACACAGAUGAUUAAAAAUUCAUGAAACUUGGCAAAAACACAAGAGACAUCAUAAGACACGUUUUCAGUAUUGGUAGGACUGACUCCGCCCAACAGGAAGUCGGCCAUUUUGAAAUAUCUGAAUUUUGCAUACAUUUUUUGCGUAUGUUGUCAAACUACUCCUAGAAAUUUAUUUUAAUUCUCUUGGUAUUUGGUAAAAAUAAACAUUGAACAUAUCUGAUGAUAAAUUGUGAAGGAAUAGUCGAUAUCUCAAACGAGGACAAAAUGGCGGACGGUUGAAUUUUUGAGAUGCCACAUCAAAACAGGAUCUGGACACCUAGGUAAUGCAAGGUGUUUUGAGGAGGUUAUAGCUGAGGAAAACUCACAAGAUUUGACCGGCCUGCUUAUCUGAGGCGGUUUUUUGAUCUAGAAUUAAAAAUUCAAAUACAUGUGUUUUCACAGCUCUAUAGCGCCACCUAUAUUUUAAAUGAAUAUUUGACAUUUUUGGCAGAAUAGAAAACUCUUGAAAAUUGGCACACUCAAUGAGACCUCAAAAUUACUUUCACCGGUUUCUCGGUUUGGCCCGGUACGAUUUGCGCUGGUGUGCGAGGGCCCUACGUCCCCCUGUGACAGGGGGACAACUCGUUAUUAUUAUUAUUCCGGACACUUUCGCCCAUUUUCGAGGCAUUUCUGAUACUCGAAAACUCACGCAUUUUGGCACAGGCCUCAAACUCGGCGAAAAUUUUAAAGUUCCAUAGAGCAUGGACUUUGGCGUGGUUCAGGAGCUCUAUAGCGCCCCCAAACGUCAGCAGUGGCCGGGAUACAGUUGGUCCAAUGUGCACCAACUUUGGUACGCUCAUUGACCUCCUCAUAAAGAACAAGGAUCACUUGGUUUUAUUUGGCUCCGCCCAACAGGAAGUCGGCCAUUUUGACAGGAAGUCGCAAAAUAAAAAGUUUGCUGCUGUGUUUUGUAGGGGUUAUGAUCUUCGAAAACUCAUAAAACUUGAAGAGCUUAUUUGGCUCAGGACGUACUUUGAUAGUGAACUCGAAUUUCGCACCUUUGAUUUUCAUCAGCUCUCUAGCGCCACCAACUUUACAUGACAUUUAUGGAAAGUGCUCAGCCUUUUGAUAAUUGGCAGAUUCAUUAAGGCCUUGAAAUGAUUUAUAUAUAUAUUGUCAUUUUUGUUGCAUGUAGCUAGAUGACUCUACAGCGCCCCCUAUUUGGUUGGGCUAAUAAAUUAGCCGUGGCCUUCUCAAAAAUUCUCAGAUAUUCUCGAUUUUUGGCAGAAACAUAGACAAUAUGAUUCCGCACAUAUUACCAAUUGGCAUGUAUUAGCUCCGCCCAACAGGAAGUCGACCAUUUGGAAAUUUGUGGAAUUUUUACACAUUUUUCACAAACUCAUUUGAACUCCUCCUAGAGUCUUUGUCAGAUUAUCUCUAAAUUAGGCCUGAAUGGGCUCCAGACAUAUGUGGUGCUAAAUUGCGAAGGAAUAGUCGAUAGCUGAAACGACAACGUAACAGCGGGCAAUUAAUUUAAUGGAGACGCAACACUAGCCCAAAUAGAAACAUUAGCACGGUCAGAACACAGGUGUUUGAAAAAUCAUGAAACUUUACAGAAACAUAAUAGACAUCAUUACACACAUUGUCACCAUUGGUAUGAUUGACUCCGCUCAACAGGAAGUCGGCCAUUUUGAAAUAUAUGCGUUUUACACAGAUUUUUUGCAUACUUUAUCGAACUCCUCCUAGGGAAUUUGUUGAAUACUCUUGAUAUUUGUCAGCAAUAAACUGCUAACAUACUUGAUUCUAAAUUGCAAAGGAAUAGUAGAUAUCUUUACCGAGGACGAAAUGGCGGACAGUUGAAUUGCUUGAGAUGCCCCAUUAAAACAGGAAGUGAAUACAUUCUGGUUUUGGUAGGUGUUUGAGGAGGUAAAAAUAGAUGAAAACUCACAAAACUUUACAGGCCUGCUUGAUUUACGCGGUCCUUUGAUCUAAAAUUUAAAUUUCAUAUAUACGUAUUUCAUUGGCUCUAUAGCGCCACCUAGGUAUCAAUGCAUAUUUGACAUUAUGGGAAUGCUCAAAACCUCUUGAAAAUUGUCAGAUUGCAUAACACCUAAAAACACUUUACAAAUAUUGUGAUAAUUUUUUCAUAUGUAGCUAGCGGACUCUACAGCGCCCCCUAAUUUAUUUGGUAAAUAAAUUAGCUGUGGAUGUGUCAAAAUUUGUCUAAUCUUCUCAAAUUUUGGUAGGAUUGUAGAUAGUGUGACCCUGCACAUAUUUGCAAUUGGCUUGUAUUAGCUCCGCCCAACAGGAAGUCGGCCAUUUUGAAAUUUGCAAAAAAUUUACAAAUUUUUCACAAACUCAUUUAAACUGCUCCUAAAGUCUUUGUCAGAUUACCUCUAAAUUAGCUGUGAAUGAACAUCAGACAUAUUUGAUGAAAAUUGCCAAAGGAAUAGUUGAUCACUAAAACGGUGUCGGAAUGGCGGGCAAUUGAUUUACUAGAGACGCAACACUAAACCAAAGUGAAACAAUGACACGGUCAGAACACAGAUGAUUGAAAAUUUCUGAAACUUGGCAAAAACACAAGAGACAUCAUUAGACACGUUUUCAGUAUUGGUAGGACUGACUCCGCCCAACAGGAAGUUGGCUAUUUUGAAAUAAGUGCAUUUUACACACAGUUUUUGCAUUCUUUGUCGAACUACUCCUAGGAAAUGUUUUGAAUUCUCUUGGUAUUUGGCAGAAAUAAACAAGGAACGUAUCUGAUGAUAAAUUGUGAAGGAAUAGUUGAUAUCUCAAACGAGGACGAAAUGGCGAAUGGUUUAAUUUUUGAGAUGCCACAUUAAAAUAGGAGGUUGACACCUAGGUAAUGCUAGGUGUUUUGAGGAAGUUAUAACGGAGAAAAGCUCACAAAAUUUGACCGGCCUGAUUAUCUGAGGCUGUUCUUUGAUCUAGAAUUAAAAUUUCAAAUACAUGUCUUUUAUCAGCACUAUAGCGCCAUCUGUAUUUUAAAUAAAUAUUUGACAUGUUUGGCAGAAUAGAAAACUCUUGAAAAUUUUCACACUAAACAAGACCUCAAAAUUACUUCCACCGGUUUCUCGGUUUAGCCCGGUACGAUUUGCUGUUGGGCGAGGGCCCUACGUCCCCCUGUGACAGGGGUACCCCUCGUAUUCUCUUAAAUCUCUUGUAAUGUGUAAUGUUUGUGUUAUGAUUAAGUGCUAUAUCAUGCUGUACUCACGCCCAGUGUGCUAGGCGUGACUUUAGUUUCCGCACGUUCUUGUUUUUUCCGCUCGUUCUCGUGCUCCAUAUCUUCUUAUGAAGGCGCUUUUUCACGGCCGCGUCCCAAUUCAACAGCCGGGGUAGCGGGGCCGCGACCCUGACAACACAGGUUCGAUCCCGCGUGAGGAGCGUUGUGUUUAUUUAUUUAUUUUUUUUCCUUACCGCGUCUGCACAGAUCUGAUUGACUGAAGAGAGCGUCUGGUGAUCUUACCCCACACGUGAUUGGUCUGUGAUUUACUGCGCCGCAAAGCGUGUAUACAAUUAAAUCGUUCUCAGUAGGUUUGGGUCCACAUUGGACAACGCUUGGGUCCGGACCGCAGUCCGCCCAUUAAUGACCUCUGUUCUAUGCAAAUGCCCGAAUUUUCCUCUUCUGCUGAGAGCUGCUCUCACUGCUCAGCGACUUGCUGUAUUGCUACUGUGUUGCCAGAUCUCUCUUAAAAAGUCCACACUAAACUGUUUUGUCUUCCUGCGAGACAGGUGUAAGCUUGACGAGAAAUAUCGUCACAUUAUAAUCGUGGCACGAGAUCUCGUCACACCCCUAAUGUAUAAUAGUUUUAGUUACAUUUUAGUCUUUUGGAAAUUAUUAGUUGUAGUCACAUUUUAGUCUAGUUUUAGCCUAAUAAAUUUUUGGUCAUAUAAAAAGUAUGUAUUACAUAUGUUUUACUGUUUUUCUAUUUUAUAUUUGUUGUUAUUUUGAUUAUUAGAUUAUUUACCGCUAAUGUUUAUUAAAAUAAUAGCCUUUGGGUUUUGUUGCAUUUAAAUUAUGCUAACAUUUAAAUAUUUUAAAGUAAGUGCCCUGUAAUGGAGGUGGGAGGAAAGUUUCUGAAAUGAUUCACUUCUGCUGCAGAUUUAUACUAACAUUAUUGGCUUUCAGUAGACUAGACUUACAUUACUUAACAAGAGUAUUUAAAACUCAUCCAGUUCAAUAACAGCAAUGUUUAGCUCUGUUUGAAUGCAGCUACACAAAUUAUAUAAUCUUCUGUAUUUAGUAAAAUAUCCAGCACAACAGACUCUCUAUCUGUUAAAAACUAAAAACACAGACAACCCUGAGGGCAGAAUCUCCUCUGUCUCCAACAGAAAUAGUGAGAGUUAGGAAAAAAGACGGAAAGUGCUGCUUUUCUGUGUGUUUAUAUACUAACCCCUCAUUCGUGCUGAAGUUACCGUUAAUUUACACGGAAAGUGAAUAAACAUGGCUAAUGUGCGUUUAGUUUAUUAGAAUGUUAAAAGCAGUGAAGGCACCUUAGCUUAUGAUGACAGAUCGCGCAGAUCCCUUUUACACCUAAACAUCGCUAACUCUGAACUGGAGACAUAUCAGGCAAGCUAGCCUAACUAGCAGCAAACAGAGCAGCGUUACUGCCUUCAGAAAUCUGAACAAGCUCACCUCUCUAAAAAUCUUGGGGACGAAGCGCAUGCCUCAUAUUUAGGAGUUGAGUUUUCCACUGUAGAGCAGAUAAAGUUAGCUAACUCUCCUGCUGUCCUUCUUUUCCUGCCCUCCUCCAGCUUGUAGAGGUAGGCGGUCCGUCACGAACCCCGGAAAUAUCAGCAAAAAGCGUUUGCUGAGGGAGGAGACCCUGACUCCACCCCCAAACUGUCAAAACCUCCCCUUUCAAAACUCGAGCGCAAAACACUCAGUCGAGCAAGAGCUACUGCUGCAGGUAAUUCACACAGCGUGCAAGGAAAAAGGCACCUGAGAGGAGAAGCUCGAGAGCAACAUUUUCUUCAGCGUGCACGAUUCCCUUUUUUUUGCUCGCUAGUUUCACAUUUGUGCUCACGAGAAGUUAAUUUAGACACGCAAAAUGUUAAAACAACAAAGUAACAAAUCAACUUAUUUAACACUGAUAAACCAGGUGACCAUGACAUGAGGAAAGGUGAACUGUGCUAAAUUAGAACAGCUAUAUAGCUACAGUGGUAUCACACUGUCAUUUUUUAGGGUUCAAGCACCAAAGGUGCGUAGAACCCUAUUGUUUUUGCUAAAAUUUUUCUUCUUAUUAUUCUUUUUGUUCUGAAAAAGCAUAUCUGCAGCCUAGACCGUAAGACAUGAAGACAUGAAACUUGGUAGGUAGUUGUAGGAUUAGUGCACCUUGGCGGACAACAAAAAUGGCACAGAUUGGUCAAUGGAUGGCGCUAUAAACAAGGAAAGUUUAGUUUUUACAUUUUGCUCAAACUCCAGAACCAUAAGACCUACAUUAAAAAUUAUUUUUUUGCUGGAUUCCUUGGGUCAAUAACUACAACUUUUGUUUACAAAUUUUACUUUUAUUUUUUUUACUUUGAAGUUGUAAACAAUAUGACCACCAUAUGUAUAAAUUAGUUCUUCUGGGUACAUGACCCAUUCACUCCAACAGUUAAAUCUGAUACACUGUUUCUUAGCCACCGUGCAACCUAGCAAGCUGAAACUUUGAAUACAGAAUCUAUAUCUGAAGCAUGUUCAAAGGGCAACUCUGUCAAUUAAAAUGGCUGAACACCAUCAGCCAAUCAGCAACUAGCAGGCUUUUUGACAGGCUGUAUGUUAUCCAAUCGGGAUGGAAGUUGGGUUUUAUGUUCAGGUGGAGACAUUGUAGUGACCUGCAAAAUUUUAAAACAAUUUGGCCUCUGGGGACGCUGUUCAAGAAAAUCAAAUUAAUGUCAUACAUACUGUAAUAUUUUAACAUCUAGGUUUUGCUAUGUCAAAUAAAGUGGCUCUGACAAAUUUGUAAAUACAACUAAGUUUAUAAUUUUUUUUGUAAUUGCAAAUUGUUUAAAAAUAGCUUAAUUCAAACUAGUCUCUGGAUAUUUGACCCAUGAACUCCAUUUUGGUCUUGUUGCACACUGUAGAGUCUGUAGGUAAAUAGUCAUUAAAAACAAUUGUGAAAUUUUACCUACAUCAAGCAAUCCGUGCAUCCUUGUCUAACAAAUUGCUGUAACUCUGCAGUCUAACCAUCUCACAAAACCAUCUGUACAAUAUCACUCUGAUGAAGACAACACAGGUCCAUCCGGGCUGGGCUUUAGGGGGUACUACAGUUCUCAAAAACAUUAAAAAUUGUUAAAAAUCUAAUUGCAAUCCUAUUUUGCAGUAUAAACCCAAACCACUUGUUCCAAUUGAUUCAGUACUAGAACUUUGUAAUUACAUGUCAUAUCAGAAGAUGCACUCCUUUGUAUUAUUUUAACUUGUUUGGUCAAAAACUUGCUUUGAAAAGUUCACAAGGUCAAUUUUUUGAUAAAUGUGACAGUGUCUCCAAUUGUAUUAGACCUUCUUACAGAUGCCAGUUGGUGCUUGAACCCACUGAUUGCCGCUUGCGGCUAUAUUUCAUUGGUUAAAGUUGAUAGGCAGUGAACCAGGGCUGGUUUAAGGCAUAUUUUCAUAGAGGGAUAAAAAUUGUAACCUUGGAGGCAGUAAUCACUUAACAGGUAGGAAAAUAGUAGGAAGAUGUAAAUUCCUAUCUUUUCACAGAAGUACAAGAUACUUUGCAGAUUGUGUUAAAUAUAAAGCAAUCUGCUACAGCAUCACUGUAAGAAAACUGUUUCUCCUCUUGCAAUGCCUAACUGAACUUAUCGUAGGAUAAGGAUCAGCAGCAUCUGGAAAAAACGGGGUAUUAGAUUCAUUGCUAUACCUUGCAGCAAUCCUCAUCCAGAGACUAGUAGAAAUCCACACUUGGAUAGCAGAGACGGUUACUCACACAAAAGCAAAAAUAAUAAUAAUAAUAAUACCCAUGAUGUAUAUAUUUUUUGGGUGGGUGCAGAUACAGGUUCUGAAACCCUAUUGUAUGUGCUACUUAGGUAGACAGUAGGCAUGGAACGGUUUUUGUGAAGGAACCGAACCGUACGGUUUGCUUGUCACGGCGCGGGGCGUGUGUAAACCGUACAGGGUCCACGUUUUUUUUUUUUUUCUCCAGACGUUCGAAAUUCGCAUUAUAGCCAAAUGCCCGUAUGUCACCACGUGGUUCUCAUUCAUGCCAAAGAAGCGAAAGUGAAGGUUUGUGGUGGCGUGGACAAACAUGGCAAGUGGGAGUGGAGAACGCAGGCUGCCUAGGCCAGAGAUGAAGGAUGCCCCAGCGUUGUUUAAAUCAGGUGUGUGGGAUCAUUUCGGAUUCCCCGUCACAUACGAUGAUACUGGCAAUAAAAACGUGGAUCGAACUGUUACAAUAUGCAAGCAUUGCAAAACCCGCAUUGCAUACGCUAGUGGAAACACUUCCAAUAUGACCGGCCAUUUACGAAGACAUCACCCAAGUGUGUCAGUAGAGGGGAGGAGAGGAGAGCCUGCCAAAAAGCCAUUCACAAUCAGCGCGGCAUUUAAACAGCCCCUGGCUGAGGACACCGCCAAGGCGAAAUCAAUUUCCAAAGCCAUAGGUAUAUUCAUUGCAAAGGACAUGCAGCCCUACAGCGUAGUGGAGGGCGAAGGCUUUAGGAAUAUGAUAAAGGUGCUGGAGCCGCGGUACGUCAUGCCCUCUCGUAGAUACUUUGGCACCAAUGUGAUACUGAACUUAUAUGAAGAGACAAGUGUGGACAUAGUUAAGGAGUUAUCUGAGGCAUGCCAAAUAGCUCUGACGACGGAUGGAUGGACUUCCAGGUCCACCGAAAGUUACCUUACAGUGACUGCCCACUACAUUACUCCCCAAUGGGAGUUACGAAGCUGCGUAUUACAAACGCGCCCAAUAUAUGAGAGUCACACAAGCAAAAUUCUCUCCGAAAAGCUAAGAGAGGUGGUGGAGGAAUGGAAAUUGGAGAGGGACAACGGCACCAUCCCUGUCACGACUGACAAUGCCAACAACAUAGUGAAUGCAGUAGGUUUGACGGAGGGACUUGGGCCACAGAUAUCCUGCUUUGCUCACACAGUCAACCUGGCAGCCAAAAGCGCCAUCUCUACAGCCCAAAUCUCACGACUGCUGGCGAAGGUCAGAAAGGUGGUCACUUUUUUCCAUCGAAGCACAACAGCCGCCUUCAUCUUGAAAACAAAGCAGGACAUGCUGACACUGCCAGACCACAAGUUAAUUCACGACGUGCCAACGCGCUGGAACUCCACAUACGAUAUGUUAGAGCGCUAUGUGGAGCAACAGGCGGCCCUCUAUUCCGCGGUGACGGACAAAAAUAUGAAAAAAAAACCCAAGGACAUUUCCCUGUUAACCGACAGUGAAACAAAGCUGACAGAGGGCCUCAUUGAUGUUCUUAAACCUUUGAAGAAUGUGACUACCCUGAUGAGCACAGAAACAUCUCCCUCUGUCUCAAUGAUUAUGCCACUGCAGAGGAUGGUACUGAAAGCAAUGGCACCAAGUGCAGACGACAGUUCCACCAUCAAAGAUGCCAAGGCAGCCAUCACCAAGGAUCUUCAAAGCAGAUACAGUGACCAUAGUAUUCAGGAUUAUCUGCACAGAGCCACAGCACUGGAUCCCAGGUUCAAGUCCUUGCCUUAUCUGGAUGAAGCCUGCGUUCAGAAAAUCUGGGAUGAUCUCACAUUGGAAAUUGUAAACCUCGAAGAGCAGGCUCAACAACACUGUGAAGCUCAGGCAGCCAGUUCAUCCUCAGCAGCGGAAUCUGAGCCUUCAGAGACCUCUCCUCCCCCCAAGAAAUCUGCCAUGGCAACAGUUUUUGCAGAUUUUUUUACAACAGAGGCAAGAAGUACAAAGCCUUUGCCAGAAACCAUUCGUGAAGAGGUCACCUCAUACAAGGAAACAAGCUGCAUUUCUGUGGAUGAAGAUCCCCUCGCAUGGUGGAAAACCAACGCACAUAAGUAUCCCCAUGUAGCAAAGUUGGCACAACGUGACCUGGCUGUCCCAGGUACAUCUGUGCCAAGUGAGCGUGUUUUUUCCACAGCAGGGGACAUUGUCACUGCAAGUAGGUCUCGCCUCUUGCCAGAAAAUGUUGACAAACUGAUUUUCAUGCAGAAGAAUAUGAGAAUUAAGUGAAAGGGGGAGGGCUGCAGUGCAGUGCAGGGUUUUAUUGCAAUAUUUACACUGAUGGUGUCUGUGUUUUUGUUCUAAGUUGUUUUAAUAUAACAAUGGCACUUUAAGUUUAGGUUUAAAAAAAUCCAGCCAUAUGUUUCAAAGCACUGCACUUUAAUUUCAAGUGGAAAAAAAUACAUCCUUACUCUCAGGGAUUAGAAGAGUUGUUGAUUUUGUUUUCUGUUGAGCUGGUUGGAUGGUGGGCUCAUAUUAUGUUUCAAUUUCUAUUCUGUGAUAUUGAAAAAGGUUCCUGUAGAUGGAUGUCACCAGAUGGCAGCACACAUUCCUGACACUUUUUUUGAGUAAUAAAUGUAAAACAUGUUGAAAUCAUCCAUGUCUUCCCUCUUGUUCUAUCAAAAUACUAUCUUUCUGAGAUUGUUAAAACAGCGUGCUUUGAGUAAAUUGAAACUCAAGUUUGUGCAUUAUUAUUAUUAUUAUUAUUAUGUAUUAUGUAUUAUUAUGUAAUGCUUUGCUAAAGGCAGCACUGUGUAAUGUCAUAGAAGUGUAGUGCUAUGGUAGUAAAAUCUUUUCAGCGACUAUUACAGUGUUCCACUGGUGUAACGGCGUGUAUUAUGGGGCUAAGAUAAAAAAAAAACAAGGGAAAAAAAAAAACAAGAACCGUACAAAACCGUAAACCGUAGACCUCAAAGCGUGAUACACACCGAACCGUGAAUUUUGUGAUCCGUGCCACCCCUAGUAGACAGUAGAUCUUACUCCCUGCUAUGAAGUGUUGAGUGCUCCGUUUUAUCUACACUUUACAGACAAAAAAAAUCAAACAAUCUUUGUCAAACAAUUCAUAAGAACUACAGGGGUUGGACAAUAAAACCACAAUAAUUUAUUGUCCUGAUGGACAGUUCUGGUGGAAACAGGAGAGUUGAGGUGCACAUUGAAUUCUGCCGUGAUUUGGGCAGAAGUGGUUUUAUGUUUUUUGGAUACAGUCCGGGUUAGCGCCCAAACAUCCGCUUCAGACAGCUUCCUCUUGACGCACACAUUUAAUCCUGUUGGAUGUGGUUGGUCCUUCUUGGUGGUAUGCUGACAAUACCCUGGAUACUGUGGCUCUUGAUACAUCACAAAGACUUGUCUUGGUCAAAGAUUUGCCAGCAAGACGUGCGCCAACAAUUUUUCCUCUUUUGAACUCUGGUAUGUCACCCAUGUUGUGUGCAUUGCAAUAUUUUAAGCAAAACUGUGCUCUUCCCCUGCUCAUUGAACCUUCACACUCUGCUCUUACUGGUGCAAUGUGCAAUUUAUGAAGAUUGGCCACUAGGCUGCUCCAAUUUAGCCAUGAAAUCUCCCACACUAAAAUGACAUGAGUUUCAGUUUCAUUGUCCAACCCCUGUAUUUACAGUGGGUAUGAAAAGUAUUUUACUCUUUCAUUGCAGCAGUUUGCUAAAACCAAAAAACUUCUUUUUAUUUCUCAUUAAAGGACACUGACCACCCCAUCUUGACAGAAAAAAAACAAAUGUAGACAUUUUU